UUUAACCAUUUCCUAAAAAGCUGCUCAAAGUAUUGUUAUAAUAAUAAUGGUGGAGAUAGAAGAAGGUGGUGGAAAAAGAUACGCACUGUUGCAGGCAGUGCAGGACUCAGAAUAUGCAAAGAAAGUGUAUGGAGGGUAUUUCAGUGUGUUCGUUGCAGCUUUUGGAGAAGAAGGAGAGAGAUGGGAUUUGUUUAUGGUGGUGGAGGGAGAGUUUCCCGCCAUUGAUGAGCUUCAAAACUACCAUGGUUUUGUGAUCAGUGGAAGCCCUCACGAUGCCUAUGCCAAUGACUCCUGGAUUUUGGAUCUAUGUUUCCUCUUGCAGACCCUUGACACAAUGGAGAAGAAGGUUCUUGGCAUUUGUUUUGGUCAUCAGGUUUUAUGUAGGGCAUUGGGAGGAAAAGUUGGGAGGGCAGAGACAGGGUGGGAUAUAGGAGUGAGAAAAGUGCAAAUAAUGGAGAGUUCAGAGUGGAGGUUUGUUGAAGAUAUGGGUGAAAUGCCAAGCAAUCUGUCCAUAAUAGAGUGCCAUCAAGAUGAAGUUUGGGAAAUACCUCAUGGAGCUCAAAUCAUAGGCUUCUCAGACAAGACAGGUGUUGAAAUUUUCGCCAUUGGAGACCAUAUUUUAGGCAUUCAAGGCCACCCUGAGUAUUCUAAAGACAUUCUCUACGGUCUCGUCGAUCACCUCCUCAAUAAUUACUCCAUACGGAGGAAAUUUGCUGAAGAUGCAAAGCUGGGAUUGCAAGCGGCAGAACCAGAUACAAAGUGGUGGGAGAAGAUCUGCAAGAAGUUUCUCAAAGGAAGAUUAAUGGAAUCUGCUUUUUAAUUGUAAUCACAUGGAAUGCUAAAAUAUUAUUGUUGAUUAGUAUGAAUCUUUUGUUGAACUACAUGGCUAACAAAUGUUUACUAGGAAGAGGAAUAAGAAACCUUAAUCAUUCUAAUU